AUGAAACAUUUCUGUUGCAGGGAUGUCUGCCUCCCCAUCCCCAUCCCCCCGAACGAUCCCAAGUUCCGGAACAGGACAUGCUUAAACUUCGUACGCUCUAUUCAAGUUGCCAACGCCGACUGCCAAUUUGAGCCGGUGGAGCAGCUGAACCAGAUCACCGCCUUCCUGGACGGGUCCAUGGUCUAUGGAUCAACUCGGGAAGAGCAAGAGAAACUCAGACUGCAUCGCAAUGGCCUGUUAAAAUUUCACGAUCUGCAGCUUCUACCCGAAUCAAAGUUGAAAAACUGCGUUCCUGGAAAACCACAGCACUUUUGCUUCAUGGCGGGUGAUGAGCGAGUUAAUGAGCAUAUGGGUCUCACCAGCCUGCAUACAAUAUGGAUGAGAGAACACAACCGAAUUUGCCGAAUCCUGAAUCGACUUAACCCUCACUGGGACGAUGACCGAAUGUUCCUGGAGGCCAGGAAGAUUAUAGGAGCAAUGAUCCAGAAGAUCACUUAUGAUGAGUUUCUUCCAGUCCUCCUCAACAAGCCGACCAGAAAAUCCUUCAACCUUGUCUCAAACCAGUGGGGCUAUCGCAACGUUUACAAUGAGAAUGUAGACCCCAGCAUUAGAAGCGCUUUUGCUACCGCAGCCUUUCGUCUAGGACAUACUCUCAUCCGCGGAACAUUCUCAAAACUUGUGACACCGUUCGAAAUAUCUGGAGAAGCAACCUUGUUGACUCUUUUCGGAAACACUUCUUUCAUCUUAGACACGAGAGGUCAGUCUAUCCCGUGGCUGCUUGGCGGAAUGACCAGAGAUCAUUCUAGAAAGUUUGAUCGUUUCCUAACACCGGAUGUGACGGAUAACUUGUUCUUGGACAAGGAUGGUAACAGUCUGGAUUUGGCAUCUCUGAACAUCCAGAGAGGGAGGGAUCAUGGGAUGCCAGGCUACAACGCCUGGAGGAAAUGGUGCAACCUACCGGAAGCGGAGAACUUUGGAACUGGAAAGGGUGGGCUUGUAGAUCACCCAAGUGAUGCAGCUCGAAUACUCGGAACCUUAUACAGUCACCCGGACGACAUCGAUCUGUUCCCUGGUGCCAUCAGUGAACGCCCGCUUCCUGGUGGUGUGGUCGGAGCAACCAUCGCCUGCAUCAUUGGCAAUCAGUUCCAGCUUCUCAAAGAAGGAGACAGGUUUUGGUACGAGACAGGGUUGGAGCCAGUCCGGUUCUCUGUAGGCCAGCUCCACUCUCUCCGCUCAGCCUCGCUCGCCAGGGUUCUCUGUGACAAUGCGUUCAUGCCCCUCUUACAGCCAAGCGCAUUCCGAGUACCGGACUUCAUCCGUAAUCCCCUGGUCCGAUGCAGAGAUCUGCCAGAGCUUGACUUAACCUACUGGAGGGAACUCCGUCCUUUCUGGAGCACGUGGUCCGUGUGGUCACCGUGCAUCGACGGCAUGCAACAACGUCAACGGAGAUGCAGCUUCAGCUACAGCCGAUGUAUUGGUCCGGACAUUCAACAGCGAUCAUGCCAGAUGUUUCCACAUAUAUCCUUCGCGACAUGGACGAUGUGGUCAAGCUGGUCAUCCUGCACGAAUAACCUUCGACAGAGGAGCAGAUUGUGCCUGAGGAGUUUAGUUCCUGUCCACACCUGUAUUGGAGAUACGGCACAAAUGAUGGGGUGUUUUCAGCAACACAAGUUAUGCCCAUUUUCUCACUACAGCAUAGCGCGCAACGCUUGUCUGAGACAAUUCUCAGUUCAGAACUUUGGCUUAGGUGUUUUUUAGUAUUUACAUUACAUGGUGGGGGUACAUUAUCAGGGAAUUAAACAGAAUAAUCAAACCAAAGACGAGAACAUGUGUAGAAAUGAUAUUUGUACAUUGAGAUUUUUUGCAAAUUGGAUAUUAUAUUUUUAUAACAUAAUUUAUGGUGGUUGAUGAACAUUAAUAAAGCUGAUAACUGUCAACGUGUGUGUUAGUCCUCAAGUGUUUUGGGACGGUCGGGUAGCUUAAUGGUUAAAAGUGUUUGCUCGUCAUGCCGAAGAUCCGGGUUCGAUUCCCCACAUGGUUACAAUGUGUGAAGCCCAUUUCUGGUGUCCUCGCCGUGAUAUUGCUACAACAUUGCUUCAAGCGUCUAAAAACCUCACUCACUUACGCGUUGUGUUUUCAUUCAUACAACGAGAGGCAUUGCGUGUGUUUCGUAUUAUGUCUAACAUUUUGUUUCUCAGGAAUAAAGUGAAAUAUCCCAG